AUUGCAAUGGAGAGCUCGCCGUUGUUCGAGGCAAACAGACCUCCGACAUUCGAGUCGUCGCUGGGUGAAUGCAAGGGCCACCAAGGCAGCAAUGACAACUUCCCUGUCUGAACAACGCAUAUCGAAUACAUCCCCUCAAGGGGACCGCAGGUAAUUCAGUCGUCUCGAACGAACAGGUACAGAUGUAUGUUGAUCUACACGUUUUCCCUCCGUGGGCUCGGGUUCUUCAACGACGCGUACGACUUGUCCGUGAUCAACAUCACCAACGUGAUCCUGGAGCAUCAGUACACGACCAAGGUGUACGACGCCAGCAUGAAGUCGAACGUGUCGGCGGCGGCGUUGAUCGGGGCGGUGCUGGGCCAGCUGGCGUUUGGGUUCUUGGGGGACGUGUACGGCCGCAAGAAGUGCAUGAUUGCAACGUGUGCGUUGCUGUGA